GGUGGGGGUAAAUAUGAUUCUUUUAUUUGUGAUGAUGUAUUUAAUGUUGAUAAGCCAUUACGUUUGAUAUAUGGUCUUCCUUAUCAUUUGGUAGUUACUUCUGCUGAUGUUAUUCAUUCAUUUUCAGUACCAUCUUUAAAUUUAAAGAUGGAUGCAAUACCUGGUCGAUUAAAACAUUUGUUUUUUAGUCCAUCUCAACAUGGUGUAUUUUUAGGAUAUUGUGCUGAGUUAUGUGGUGUUAAACAUAGAGUCAUGCCUAUUGUAAUAGAGGUUGUAGGAGGAGUAUAA